UUUCUCGGACAUUCCACAGUUAGUGUUGUCGGGAAGAAAACAUGGAAACCAAACUAUUUGUAACGUGUUUAAUUAUAAUAACUUAUCUAACCGUAGGCAGUUGUUUUUUCUACCAACCAGCAGCUUUUACAGAAAAGAUAACCGAUAUUCAGGAUUUCGCUAGUAACGUUUCAGAAAAUCGAUUACCGCUCCGUAUAUUGGAACAUACAAUCACACCGUACGACAUGAAUCCCGAACAGCUGAAACUUAUCGGACGAUACGUUUUUCUUGCGCCACAAGAAAAUAACCUUUAUUUGGUAGGAUUCGAGGAAACGAUUGACAAGUCCGAUGCCGCAAGGCGGAUAAUCAGUGAGUUGGUGAAGAAAAAGUCGAUCACUAGCAUCUACAAAUCUCAGCGGGCAAAAUCGAUCCGAGUGGAUAAAAUAAAAUAUCUCUAAGCAAGAUGAAGAUGAUGUCACAAGGCGGACCAGCCGCGAGGUCUACUCUUUCUCUUUCUCUCUUUCUCGCGAGGUCUACUCUCCAACACUUCUUGUACUUGAAUUAAGAAAAUGCAAUAAGGCCGUUACAAAUUUUAUUUUCAUUUUAUGUCAUUUAUGAUCAUACCUAUUUUUGUUUAUAAAGAUAAUAAUUCCAAAUUUAA